UCGAACCCUCCACUCUCUUUCCCAUGUAUCGACAAGCUCAAGUCUCGAACUCUCGAACUCGACAGUGGCCCCGAACCAAGUUACGACAAGGUCGUCACAGGCUACGAAACCUUUGAACACAAUGAACCCUUUCUUCUGGACCAUGGUGGAAUCUUGCCCAGAUUUACGAUUGCCUACGAAACCUGGGGAGAGCUGAAUGCUAAGCGAGACAAUGCGAUCCUCAUCCACACCGGACUGUCGGCAUCUUCACAUGCCAAGUCGCAUUCCAAGAACACCAAGCCAGGCUGGUGGGAAGAUUUUAUCGGGCCUGGCUCACCCAUCGACACCAACAAGUUCUUUGUGAUCUGCACAAACGUGAUUGGUGGCUGCUAUGGCUCCACAGGGCCUAGUUCAAUUGACCCCGCAGACAACGAACGCUAUGCCACCCGGUUCCCAAUCCUGACUGUGUUUGACAUGAUUCGAGCUCAGUUCCUCUUGCUCGACAACCUUGGAAUUGACCGUCUGCACGCAAGUGUGGGAAGCAGUAUGGGUGGAAUGCAAUCGAUUGCGGCCGCAUCUCUGUAUCCCGACAGAGUCAAGCGAUUGGUCAGUAUUUCUGCCUGUUCUCGCUCUCAUCCGUAUUCAAUUGCCCUCAGACACACUCAAAGACAAGUCUUGAUGUCUGAUCCAAACUGGAACAAGGGGUUCUACUACAAGUCAGUUCCCCCUCAUGUUGGUAUGAAGUUGGCUCGUGAGAUUGCUACUAUUAGUUAUCGAUCUGGCCCAGAGUGGGAACAGAGAUUUGGAAGAAAGCGUGCUCACGAAGACCAAUCUCCUGCUCUGUGCCCUGACUUCUUGAUCGAAACCUAUCUGGAUCACCAAGGCGAACGCUUCUGCCUCCAAUAUGACCCCAACUCUCUGCUUUACAUCUCUAAGGCCAUGGAUAUGUUUGACAUGUCCGAGUCAUCGGUCAAUGGUCUUUUGGACCAGAGACUGCGAAAUACCCCCAAGCUCGAAGAACUCAAGAAGCGUCGAAGCGGGCGUGGACUCUCGGAGAACAACAGUAGCGAUGAUCAGGACAAUGCCGAAGCAUGUCGAACCAUUUCCGGAAAUACCUCUGCACUCGAGAUGCGCAAAAAGAACCUUGAUGUAGCAAACUCUUCUGCGAAUACGGAUAGAAAAGAGAGUGCUAAGUCAAAACAACCUUUAACUAGCCUCACAUCAUCUGACCCUGCCACUCAGGAUCUCAUCAACGGAAUGCGCAACUUAACUAUGCCUACACUGGUCUUGGGUGUUCAGUCUGAUAUCCUGUUCCCGGUAUGGCAACAAAAGGAGAUUGCAGAGUGUCUCAGGGCAGCCGGAAACAAACGUGUGACAUAUUAUGAAUUGGAUGCCAUGUUUGGCCACGAUACUUUCCUCAUUGAUCGUGUGAGUGUGGGUGGUGCAGUCAAAGGACAUCUU